CUGCUGGAAUCGUCAAAGAUUCCAGCAAGAGACGAUUCCAGCAGUGCUGAAGAUAAUUCUCUUGUUGAUGAAAGGGAGGAAGGCGUCAAAGAUUACGAAAAUCGGGAUCAUUCUACUUCUAUUGACGAUCAAGUUAAGUCAAUAGAUACGGAUGCCAGAGUUUUCAAGUUAAGAAAAUAUACAUAUGAAUUGACAUAUGUUCCUGCGUGGAAGGUUUUAAAUAAUUGGGAGGGUAAAGUGUCCAACCGGAAUGCAUUGCAUUAUUUGGACCAAAAUCCGAAAGGGAAAAGGGCAACCAAAUAUUGGACUGACAAAAACAGCCAGGAAUUUGCAAGAAGCAUGACUAAGGAGAGAGGAGAAUCGAAUGACUUGGUUGAAUUUGAAUAUUUAAAGAAUGAGCAAUUGUUUGAAUUCCGACGAACAUCAGUCAUCAUCUCUUACCUAUUGGGUCCCACGAUGGGAAUACCAGUUAAUGUGGUCAUCAUCUCUUACCUAUUGGGUCCCACGAUGGGAAUACCAGUUAAUGUGGUCAUGAAAGCAGUUAAUGUGGUCAUGAAAGCGGCUGAAGCUUACAAGCUUGCUUCCAACACUUUAGGUAAUCUGAAAAUUGGAAGCGCUUUGAACGUUGUACACAAAAGUUUCUGUAUUGAAGCAGUUCCUUGUCCGAUAUUGGUACCAGCAAACCUGAGAAAUCCAGCAUCUGGAUGGAGUUGGAUGCAAGUCGGGGGAAGGAGCUUAAAUUCGUUAAUUGAUGGGUUCCAAAGGCAACUCUAUCACCCCAAGACUUAUCCACGAGGCACACCACGCCAUUGCAAUAGCCCUGGAUCU